ACAAAAGGCAAAAGGCGCAAAAAAAAAAAAAAAAAAAAAGUUCAAAAGAACCCCCCCUCCCAAGAACACGCCUCCAUACCGCCCCAGGCGCACGUACAGUACAGUGCUGUACCAUUGUACUACUGUACUACUGUACUGCUGCACGCUAGAUCAUCCCAACCUACUACAGUAGCUUUCACCCGUCAUCGAGUCAUCAGCGUUUGAGGAGACGGAGUCCAGCUAGCUAGCUAAUCGGCUCCAAACGACCAAAUACAGCGCCCCCCCUGGCUAAAAUACAUACCUCCAUAGGUACCUAGGCAGCCAAGAGAAAAUAAGAAGAAAAAAAAAGAGAGAAAAAAAAAAAAAGAAAAGAAAAGAGAAAAGGAAUUAAUUGACCAAAGGGUGCAUCAAA